AGGGACUUCACCGCCAGAGUGUUAUGGAUAUAAAUACUGGGCUCUGCAGUGAUAACAGCACAGUCAUCUUUCAGUUGCAUUUGUGAACUAAUGUUCUUCGGAUAAAAAUAUACUUAAGAAUUGUGAUAAACAUAUAUACAAAGAUGUACCGAAUUGCAGUUAUUUUAUCUCUAGUCGCCGCGUGCGCCGUGGCUCAAGUUUCUCUACCUCCUGGAUAUAAUGAUAAAUACCCAGACUUCUACAAAUACUCCAAGCUGGCGCGCCACCCGCGACAAGUGACGUGGGACAAGAACGUGGGCCGCGGGAAGGUGUUCGGUACACUUGGUGGCACGGACGACAGUCUUUAUGGUAAGGCGGGGUACCGGCAGGACAUCUUCAACGACCACCGCGGCCGGCUGCAGGGGGAGGCUUCAGGCACCAGAGUACUGAGUCCCUACGGAGACAGCAGUCACCUGGGCGGUAGACUCGACUACAGCAACAAGCACGCCAACGCCAACCUGGAUGUCAGCAAGCGGAUCGGAGGCGUCACUAGUUGGCAAGCAGAAGGCAAGGCUAGAUGGCCGAUUGGCAAGAACAGUGAGCUGUCGGCCGGCGGCAUGAUUCGACAAGACCACUUCGGCCACGGGAGGCCUGACUAUGGAGUCGUCGGCGGGUUUAAAUCUAGGUUUUAAUCUUGUGGAAUUAGUGAUAAGUUAAAUUUGAAAAAAUGAUUCAAUUUGAUUUAUUUUAAUGAUAGG